CAUGCAGUGUGUUUUCUUUAAAUGUGUUACAAUUUAAAUCCACGCGAUGCGACGACUAUAAACAAUCGCUUAAUGUGUUAAUAAACGACGUCUUGAAAAAAGGAAAGAUCCGGUUUUUUGGUACCACGAAGUUUUUAUUUUUCUUAAAUGUUUUAAAUGUCCAGCGUCUUAAUUAGUUCUCGCCUUUCCUUGUCCGCGGGUUCGGAUCGUGAUGGUCAAGAGACAAUAUUUUAAUCGAAUAUGACUUCGUUAGUUCUGCGAGAUUUCUGUGCACGACAGCCGCAGCAGACGCUCGGCCAGCACCAGGACGCUAAUAAUAAUGAUAGCAAUCAUGAACUUUUGAUUCACCCGAAUAUGAAUUUAAGUAAAUCCAAAAAAGGUGAUAAGUAUUCUUUGAGGCCCAGAGGGUCGGAACAAGUCAAUUCUAUUACUAGUUGUUUAACGAACAAGUCCAAUCGUGGUGGCAGCGGUAAGAGCAAGCAAAAAGCGGCACCGCUCAGCAAGUAUCGACGGAAAACAGCAAACGCCCGCGAACGAACCAGAAUGCGUGAAAUAAAUUUAGCGUUUGAAGCUUUGCGAAGUUGUGUGCCGCUUACCGCAGCAGCUAGAAGAGCCCAGAAUUCGUCUAACGCCAACGAAAAAUUAACAAAAAUCACGACUUUACGACUUGCCAUGCAGUACAUCGCAGCGUUAAGUGGAGCUUUACAACAAAAUCAAAUCCAGGAGGAAGAACAAGCUAUAUGCUUUGAGAGAUUUUGA